GCCUGAAAGAACACCUGCUGCUUCUCUUCCAAGAUCCGACGAGGGAACGACGAUGAUGCAAUCGAUUCAGCUCGAUAAGAGCGGCGUGUCAACGAGUGGUAGCGGCGGCGGAGCCUACUCGUCAGACCGCCGCUCGUCGUCUUCCCAAGAUCACUUCUCGAGCCAUGGACCUCCCAGUUCUGCAGGAGGGUCCAACACGAUGAUGUCGACAGGCAAGAAGAAAACCGACCAAGUCGUGCUAGAAUUCCUGUACAAGACGGUUGAAGUAGUGCUGCUUAGUCGAGCGUACUUUCAGCCAUCUACACCGCGGCGGGCACGGUUCAAUCUCGACAUUCAGGAAUUGCCACAUGUGCGAGACCUCAUGCGUCCAUGCCGUGACAACGUGAACGAACCCGUUGUGUUGGACAUCGCCAUGGGGUCCAUGUUGCUGGAGCGGUGGCAAAUCUCAUACACGAACGGCAUGCAAUCCCAUUCGCCACUCGACGUGAUCAACCAGCUGCGUGAAGUGUGUCGUCGCAUUGGCAUCUUGCUUCGAUCCGUGUAUUGCUUGGCGCGGAUCCUUCCCGCGUUUCCUGUCAGCGAUCGGCUCAAAGCCCAGCAGGAAGACCUCGGGCAUCCCGUCGCGGGCCUGGAAUUCGAGGUCGCUUCCUCCGACCACGCCAUGCAACGGCAGUUCGAGUCAGACCAACCCAAGCAACGCUACAGUUUCAUCCCGAUCGAUACGCCCUUUGGCACGCUCCAACUGAGCGUGUUGUACCGCAAGCGCAACGACGAUCUACUCAGCACCAUCCAACGCAUGCCUCGGCUCGAACCUUCUUCGACCCCUUCGUCGUUGCAACAACAUGGCGCCCAUCAUCAUGAUUCGGGCGACGCCAACGACGACGAUGAGGACGACCACCCCCGCACGUCGCUUCAAAUGUCGUCUACGCUGACGCACGCGAUCAUCCAAGACUACGUGCCAACGUCCGCGCACACGACCCCUACCUCCAGCCCCCAUCUCCAGCCUUCCGCGCCGCCUGUAUCUCACAUGUCGCCCAUUCCCGCAGUGUCGCAGACCCCCCUCGGUCGAUCGUCGCCCAUGCAAAUCGUGCACGACGUCCCCAACACUCUCCAAGACGGACCUGCAUCAUCUCGAAUCGACCACCACGAAACCAGCCGACACUCGGUCGAGUCGGAAGGAGCCCUCACUUCCGGCUAUCAUCAUCCCCGGCAUUCACCUGCUUUAUCUCGUCGGGCCAUGUCGCUCGACUUGACAUUGCCGCCGCCGCCGCAAUAUCGCAUCACGUCGCAGCCCAUGCGGAUUCCGCAUAGCGCCAACGCCGCUGCGAUCGCAUCCUCGUCGUCGCCGCUACUGCAUCACGGUGGCAUCGCUCGAGCUCACUCGAACCACCACCCGUCGAUUUACACGCCCCCUUCUUCUUCGUCCCAUGCAGCAGCCCCGCAUCAUCUUCGUAGCCCGGUAGUGUACGCCCAUGCACACUCGCUGGAUGCUGUCGCUUCGGACUUUCCGCAACGCCACCACCACCACCACCCACAUGCAGCGGCGGCUACAACGUCGCCGCACCACCACCGACCGGCGCCUUUCCCCCUCGCGGCGGCUCCCUACGGCUGCGCUGUCGCCGCCCAUCACCCUCGCCCGGCAGACACCAGCCCCCGACACUUCCACUCUCCACUCGAACAGCCGUCUCCGGCCUAUUUCUCGCCGCUGCUCCGACACCCAAACUCGGCGCCGCUCCCUCGACCCAGCCCUCGACCUCAAAUGCCAAAAGCAAUGCCUUCCCCGUGUUUGAUGCCGUCAUCGUCGGUGUCCAACGACGUUCGAUUCAGCGUUGGAAGCAACAAUAGCCAAGGCAGCGUCGAUAGCGGAGGCCGGCGGGUACAUCCGAGCUCGCCGCCGUUUUCAGUCCCCGGCGUAUCGUCGACACAUGGCAGCAGCCACCAGGUGAAAUCCCCCAACUUGUUUGGGGUAUCGCAAAGCCCUCCGUUUCGGGGGUACUCUGGGGAGCUCACGUCGACGUCCCCCCCCCUCACUAGUGCAACGCCGCCGCCUCUGAUCACGUGGAAAGACACGGGGGACGGGCUCCAUCAACGAAGAAGGAGACUUUCAUUGGAUGGAGGCCUACUGGCGUGGGGUCUUGUAGGCGGCGGGAGCUCGGGGGAGACUGUGUUUGGGUUGAGCUCCCAAGGUCGUGCAAGUGGUGGCACCGACAUGGACAGCUCGUCCGGACUUGUGGACGACCAGCUGUGCCUACCAUUUGCCACGUCAUCGUCGUCCCUGUCGUCGACGACAGGUAGUGGCCACGACGUCAUGACUGUCAGUGCCUUCUUGCAUGAACUCAAGCAAGCGCCGCCGUUGCAUCCGUCGCAUGGCCGUGCUGCUGGUCGUUCUUCCUUGGUACGAUGAGAUCGAAAGAUAGAUGGAGAUGAUAUGAUGGGGUGCUGGUAUGUGUGUGUGUGUGGUAGGCGGAAGUAGAAGGCGACUUGUCAUUUUUCAAGCAAUUGCGAGAUCAACUAGAGGGCUAACGGCGAGACGAGCAAGCGUGUGAUGGAAUGCUGUCGAGGCGAGGUGGUAGAUAGUAGACAUGCCGAAAUGCCGACCCUUGAAGAAUAAAACGAAGGGUAUAAUUUAUUGAUUCGUGGGAGGGAUGGUUAAGGGGACCGGAAUGUGGAGAUGGGGGGUUACGUGGAGCGCGACGACGCGGCGGUGCUGCCCUCGACGAGGCCGUUUUGCUUGAAAUAGUGGGCCAGGCCAAAGAGCCCGCACGUGAAGCACGAGUAGACUAUGCCAAGCACACUUCGACUGGGCAGAUCACCCACAUGUACGACGAACACCGUCGUGCUCCACACGCCAAUCGCUGCUAGCACAACCACUUGAUAGAACGCAAACCGCUGGUCGUCGGCCGUGAGUGCCUUGAAGGCCUCGGGAACGUAGGGAGACUGCUUUGCGAACCGGAGGAAGUGAAACUCGCAGUACUGGGCAACGACGCUCGUGAGGACACACAUGGAGAAGAGCAAGGCACACGUACAGCCCUUCUCGACGCCAUGACGCACCAGCCACUCCAUCAUGCACGUCGUUCGAAAAUGUUGCGGAUGUUAUUAUCCGGAUAAAU